AAUUCAUAGCAUCACCAAAAGAAAGAAACUUGUACUCAAGUCUCUUCUGAGAAAAAGACCCGGAUAUCUGAUUCAAUAAUAUUGGGCAAUGGAAUUGCAAGAAGCUUGCAUUGUAGCAGCGAGUAGUAUAGGCUUCAUUUCUGCUUGUAAUGCUUCCAUCAAUUUUGUGAGAUGAGUAUGGAUCAUGUUUGAGACCCCCCAAAGAAUCUUAAGGAGUAUGGGCUAUCAUCAAUAGCUCCACUGAUGGAAUUGGUAAAGCCCCUGCCUUUGAAAUGGCUUCAGUUUGUUUUUGUGGUUAAAAUUUCAAAAGUACAUGGGAAAAAAUGAGACAUUGCCUAUAGGUUUAUAAGGGUUUGGGUCACUUCAUCCAUUGUCAAUUGGUUUUAGAUGUGAACCUUAGAUUAGUUUAUCAUGGUAUCAGAACGGGUUACCCACGUGUGCAUGCUUAACGGCCACAAGGGCUCCACGUCACCCAAUGUUGUUCACGUGUAUGGCUUGAAAAUUCGUUACACGUGCGGGGGCUUGUUGAGAUUAUACAUCCCACAUGGGAAAAAAUUGGACAUUGCCUAUGGGUUUAGAAAGAUUUGGGUCACUCCAUCCAUUGCCAAUUGGUUUUGGAUGUGAACCCCAGAUUACUUACGAUGUUCCAAAGUAUUGAAACAAGGAAGUUGGUCCGGUUCUAUAUUUUGCUUUUCUUUUCACACUCCUCACUGCGAUCUUCUCCCGAUUCAGGUUUAUAACUUCUAAUACUAUCAUUCCUUGGGUCUGCAGUAGCAUCAGAAAGAGAGACCAAACUAAUGAGAACUCACACUAGGCCCCAAGUUAACAGGAGAAUCUCUACAAUCUACAUUAUUAAUUAAUAUAUGGAUGUGUUUGUGCAAUACUACUUCCCCAACUUCUAAAUGCAAACCAGGGAUCUGAAAACUACCAACGGUUCCUAUAUAAUCUGACAACCACCAACGAAACAAUUGGGUUGUCAAUUACACGAUAACGCAUGGUCCCUUUCUACAGGCCAACUUGUUACUUGCUACUUGGAUCAAUUUUUGUACUUAAUUGCAUGACCAAAUAAGGAAAAUUGUACACCAAAUUGCAUAACCAAAUAGAGACAUUUGUACUCCAAGUUGCUCUGCAUUACUGAUACAUUAUUGGGCAAUGGAGCUACAAGAGUUUUUCAUUGUGGCAGCAAUCACCAUAGGUUUCCUAUCUGUUUGUAAAUCUUUGAUCAAUUUUGUGAGAUGGGUAUGGGUCAUGUUUUUAAGACCUCCAAGGAAUCUCAAGGAGUAUGGAUCUUGGGCAAUUAUCACUGGCUCCACUGAUGGAAUAGGCAAAGCCCUUGCCUUUGAAAUGGCUUCAAAGGGUCUUAACCUUGUCUUGGUCGGUCGAAGCCCUUCGAAGCUCGAAGCUACCUCUAAUGGAAUCCGCGGGAAAUACUUUCAUGAACGAGUGAAAGUUAAGAGCAUUGUCAUCGACUUGGCAAAAUUGAGUGGCGAGGAGAUAGCUAAAACCAUAGAGGAAGGCAUCAAAGGGCUUGAUGUUGGCAUUUUGAUUAACAAUGCAGGGAUGACUUACCCUUAUGCAAGGUUCUUUCAUGAGGUUGAUUUGGAGCUGAUGGAGAGCAUUACAAAGGUGAACAUGGAAGCCCCAAGUUGGGUGACUAGGGCAGUGCUUCCCGGUAUGCUCAAGAAGAAGAAAGGAGCAAUUAUCAAUAUCGGCUCUGAUUUAUCCGAGGACCCUUCUUUGCCUCUAUACACUCUUUAUGCUGCUUCUAAAUCGUACGUUAAAAUGUUCUCAAGAUGCAUUAGUUUGGAAUACAAGCAGCAUGGAAUUGACAUUCAGUGUCAGGCACCUCGUUUUGUGGCGACCGAGAUGACAAAGAAUUUGAAGUCACUUCCAGUUCCCUUGUUGAUUGCAUCACUAGAGAAAUUCAGCAAAGCCAGCAUCCGAUGGAUUGGCUAUGACCAUCUGUGUAAUCCUUACUGGUCGCAUUCAGUGCAGGGGUUCAUGAUACAUGCCUGUCCUGAUGUUUUGAUUAAUGCCCUCUCCUUUUGGAUGUGUAGCACCGUCAGAAAGAGAGGCCAAAUGAAGGAGAGGCAAUAAAAAGAUCGAUGAUACACUAAAUAAGAAUCCAUUAUAAUGAUUGUAUUUGAUUGCAGUAUGUAAUACGUUUAAAUGUCUACAUCACAAGGAUGAGCUAUAACAUUCCCCCCGAGUUAGGAAGCUAGAUUGAUUUUCCAUUCUUAGCAUAAAGCUUGCACCGUAUUUCUCAAUUAAAUUUUGCUCAUCACGUAUCUUUCGUGAGGGUAACUAAAUGAAGGAUGUUUUGACAAAUCAUGACAUUAACUCCACAGAUUUGGUAUGAUGGGA